AUGCACACCCCAUACGGUCUAUACGUGGUUGUUUUGUCAUUUUUCGUACAGAUCCAGCAUGUGGCAUCCGUGACCAGCUCCGGAAAUGCAACAUAUGCUAUCAUUGAGAAGGAUGUGGUGAUAAUUGGUGGCGGCGCCUCAGGAGCACAUGCAGCAGUCCGGUUACGAGAAGACUAUGGCAAGAGUAUAGUUAUUGUUGAAAAGCAAGAGGACUUGGGUGGCCAUGUCGAGACUUAUAUCGACCCAGUAUCUGGGAAUCCUUACGACUAUGGUGUAAACUCCUACACCGAGUAUGGCGGUGCCGAAGAAUUCUUUACGCGAUUCAAUAUUUCGCUUCAGACGCCAGUCCGGCCCACCUUGACGACGACAUAUGCCGACUUUCAGACAGGAGAGGUUCUAGACGGCUAUGAAGCGCCGCCGUCUGCCAAUGUGACAGCAGGCCUGCAAAAGUACUUGGAGAUAUGCGAGCAGUAUGAGGACCUUAUUCUGCCCUCAUAUGUGAAUUUUCCAGAGACCAAUGCGCCCGAAGAUCUGCUUCUAUCUUUUGGCGAAUUUGUCACAAAAUAUGGGCUCGAAGCAAUUGUGCCGCGAGUCUUUCAGGUCACUGGGCUGGGACUCGGGAACAUCGUUGAUGAACUCACCUUGUACGUGAUGCAAGCAUUCGGUGCCCCUAUAGUACGAACAUUUCUGGGCCAGAAAAACUCAUGGGUGCCCACUACAAAGAGGAACCAAGACUUGUACGACAAUAUCGCCGCACUGUUGGGCAACGACGUGCUCUUUCGCAGCACUGUCGUAGAGUCUCAAAGGACCAACGACAGCGUCCAAGUUCUUGUCCAGGAUAGCGAGGGUAAGAAGACAUUAAUCAAGGCAAAGCGGCUCUUGAUAUCUUCUUCGCCCACGGCAGAGAACUUGGCUACUUUUGAUCUCGAUCAAACCGAGCAAGACAUCUUUGCCACAUGGGGUAUUGGCGCAGUGUUUGCCGGUAUCGCCAAUCAUCCCUCUCUUCCGGUGAACUACUCGAUUGUCAACUACCCAAGUUCGGUCGUCCCUGACAAUUGGCUCGAGCUGCCUCAAACACCAUUUAUAGGGCGUUUUGAGUAUCUAGGUGACUCGAACUUCCGGGUAUUGGCGACAGGAACGGAUCAUUACGAUGAGAAACAAGCGCAAGCUCUGGCACAGGCGGCAUUUGAGAAGUUGGCUGCCGCCGGAACCGUGGCGGAUACCCAAAGUCAGCCUCUGGAAUUUCCUGCAUUUGCGGCGCACAUUGGUAUUCACCCUCACGUUCCAGUCGAAAAGUUGCAGUCGGGCUUUUACAAACAGCUGUAUGCGCUCCAGGGACGUCGAUCCACCUUCUAUACUGGUGGUGCUUGGGCGGCUGAUUUCACCACCAUUUUGUGGGAGUAUAACAAUCAGUAUUUGCUACCAAAGCUGCUGGAGAGUUUUGUGUGA